CAAUUUGAUUUUGUAGUUCAGAAGAAAACAAUUCUGCCACACAUCGGCAUGGACGGCAGCAGUAGCAAGCUAGUUAUGCACAACAUUACUCUUACUACUAUUUUAUGCAUCGUAUAUUUUAAAUGGAUCACUUCGAGGAAGAUUUAGUCGCUGCAUUAAGAGAAAUUGUCAAAGACGGAAACUGGCAAUGUGUAGGAAAGAAGUGUGAUUUUGACUCACCAUGCACAAAGCUGUACUCUGAGGAUGGUGAACACAUUGUCCUGGUUCACACAGAAGAUGACAGAUUCUGGGCUAUGGAUUCAUCCUGUCCCCAUGAAGGAGGCCCUCUUGACCUCGGUGACAUUGAGGACCUGGGAGAUGGGAAGAGGGUUCUGGUCUGUCCCUGGCAUCACUUUGACUUCUGCCUGGAGACAGGUGCCUCUUCCAUGGGACUACAGGCAUCUACAUGUGACAGCUUUGCAAGAGGUGUGAAGACAUUCACUAGGCAAUGUACUAACCAGGUGUAUGAGGUCAGAGUUGUCCAAGACAUGAUUUAUAUCAACACACAGAAUAAGCUGUGUCUAAGUCCCAUCCCAGAGACAGACACAUCUAAUGGCAAGUUGUCAGUAGAUGAUGUCGAGCCAUCACCCUCUGAGGACACACUGUGCUUCUGGGCUACAAAGAUCCUCUGCACACCAGACCCCAAAGAGAAGGUUGCCAUGACGCUGGAGGUCCAGGAGAGGUGGAACAGUGGGGAGAUCACAGAGGUGGGUCAGGCUACACCACCUGUCCAGCCAAGCAGGAAGGAGAACCUGACCGUACUGCAGCCGGGCAAAAUCAAGCGUGGCAAAGGUGGCACACAGGCUAGCAGGAUAGCCCUCCUCCACUCCCUGGCUAACAUAGAGCAGUGGGCUAUAGACCUGUCCUGGGACGUCAUCGCUCGCUUCUCAUCGGUCAGACUGGACACUGGAGAGCCCCUGCCCCGCCAGUUCUUCAGCGACUUUGUCAAAGUGGCCGGAGAUGAGGCCAAGCAUUAUCACUUACUAGAGACGAGGAUCACAGAACUCGACAGCUUCUUUGGUGCGUUACCUGUUCAUAAUGGACUGUGGCAGUCAGCAACGGAUACGUCCCACGACCUUCUGGCGAGGCUAGCCAUUGUGCAUAUGGUACAUGAAGCCAGGGGCCUAGAUGUGCACCCCCAGACCCUCUCCCGCUUCGCUGCCCAGGGGGACUGCAGCUCUGUGGAGGUGCUGGAGGUUAUCUACCGGGAUGAGAUCACUCACGUGGCCGCCGGGCUCCGCUGGUUCACCUACAUCUGUUCACAGGAAGAACGGGAUUGCUUAUCUACUUUCCAUGACUUGGUGAAGCAGCACUUCAAAGGUUACCUGAAGCCUCCUUUUAACACAGAGGGUAGGAAGACAGCAGGGAUGACAGAGGAGUGGUACGUGCCUCUUGUAAAGCCUCCCAGUUAACAGACAAUGUCCCCGAGACCAGCAUGCUGUGACGAACACAGUUGUAAAGCCUCCCAGUUAACAGACAAUGUCCCCGAGACCAGAAUGCUGUGACGAACACAGUUGCUGCGUCCCAGCGGGUGGAGGAAGCAGUUUCACACCAAAUCUCAUAACACCUGGAUGAAGGUCAAACUGUUACUAUUAUAAAGAUUUAAACUCAAACAUGUCAGUAGCCGUAUCAAUGUGGUAUUGAAAUCUAAUAUCUGAGCCCAAUGUAGAUGAUGUGGCAUUCGAUCAUUGGUUCAUUUGUGCAGUGUGACUGCAAUGUAGUCGGCCUGGAACGGCACCAUUUAGUCCCCUGGGAAGAAUACAUCUCUAAAACAGACCCCACCAUCUCUACAACUGUGAUAAAUAUUACAAAGUCCAAUGCAUAAUAUCGUAAUGGAUAAUGUCAUAGAGCAAAUGACAAAGACAACAGAACCUUGUAAAUGUUUAUUUAUGCAAAUACAACUGUUAUUUUGGUAGUCUAACGGGUUUGAGGGUUUUGAAUUCGACAACAAACUACUCACACACAACAGCCUCUCCAUGAUAUCACUAUUACAUUCAUGUGUUCCAUAGGCUAUCAGGAAAUAGUUUCCAGUAGGCGUAAAAUAAGAAAAAAUGUUGAAACAGAGUAGUUACUACCUGGAUUUGAACAAUAAGAAAUGCUCAUUUUUAGUUUCAAAACGUUUUGCCACGGUGUUCCCUGCUGAACACUACUCUUGUGUACUCUUAAAUAUGUUGUCUUAAAACAGACAUAGUAUAGAUCCUUUAUUUUUUACAGGAAAUGUAUCUAAUCAAAUAACAUUAAAGUAGGUUGUUGUUUUAAUGCACAGCGUGUAGCUGUGUCAAUGAGUUCUCCUCUCCAGCUGAAUGUAAUUUAGUUCUGUUACUGUGGAACAGGCACUCCUGCUUGGGAGGGCCAGAUCUGUUCUGGAAGCUCUGAUGGAGAUAUCCGUUGUAGAAGUCCGCUGCCGACAGUCUCUUCUUCAGCAUCACCGCCUUGAAUCCCACCCAGCCAUCCUUGACCACCGAACACACAAAAAGUGCUUGUCAUCAUUUCUUUAUGGGAUCCAUCAAGUUAAUUAUUUGUAUUAUGCCAUAAUACAUCAGGAAGUGAAUUAUUUUUCAUUAAUAUUAGACAUAUUUCAAUAAGACAAAAUUUGAGGUGUUUUGACGAAAAGCCUGGCUCACGCACCUUACAACAGACAGCCAAGGUGUUGGAUUCUUUCUGAUAACUCAUAGAUCCUGGCACAGGAAUCCUCCCUCGACCUGUCAUUAAAACAAUCACAACCUUUCUCAACCUAAGAUAUUCAAAACGGAUGUUACCAGACAGAUUGUCUUCUCAGCGUGUGGACUCCAGCACUACUGCUGCCGAUCCACACAGCUACUUACCGCAUGCUGAUUGAACUAGCUGACUGAGUCAACCACCAAGCAGUGGUGGAAACAAUGAAAUAGGAAAUUACCUGAUAGUGAAAUGUUGCACUUGCCAGCAAAGUCCAGCAGCUUUAUGGUCUUGCCCAUCCAAAUUGUUCUCAAUGGGAUCUAAUGAGAGAGAAGAGGAGGGCAUUAUUUUAACACUCCUGGACAAUGUGUGUUGAGAAGCCAGUCAUAGUAAAUCAAGGUCAUCUUCAGUAUGCACAGAAUUAGAAAAUCAUCUUGAAACAGGUGAGGAACGGCCUGAAAUCGCCCAAUAAGACUGCUCACUUUAGUUUGAAGUUUUCUGACUUCUAGUUUCAUGCCAACUGAACAUGACUGGUCUGUCUUAUUACCCGGGAUGCGAUGGCACGAAACAGGCAGUCGAUCUGGACACAGGUCUGCUCCUCCCAUACGAUCCAGCUCAUCGAUGUGCUGAUUUUAGGGGCUGUUGAGAAGAGUCAACUCUAAGCUGAGGCAUGAAUGGGUGCUUAGAAAGUACACGCAGCUUUCACCCUCCUGUAAGUUGCAAUUCUUGCUGAUUGUUUAUCAUUCAAAUUGUAAUUACUACUAGCAUCAAAUGUCUGGUUGAGGAAAUAAAUGUUCUUACCUAAAGUG